GGCUCUCUCUCUCUCUCUGUGUCUCUCUCAAAAAUUGAUAAAUAAACUUAAAAAAAAUUCUGUACACUUCUCAGGGCUCAUCAAGAUAAGUGUGCUCUUAAUCCCCCUUUUUUUCCCAACUUUUUGUGGAUUUUAAUUGCAUCUAGGAAAUCAAGACUCCUAAUUUUAGUUUAAGUUUUGCUUAUAGAGGUCCCAAAGUCACUGGAAAUGAAAAUGAUUUCAACUAUUGGUUUGGAAGCAAGCUGUAGCAAUUUUAAAAUGCUUAUAGCUUCACACACAUCUGCCUUCUGUUACUCCAGGUGUGCUUUAAUUUCCAUCCUAAAUGAUUCUCCAGCCCUUACUCUUUCUCUCUAGGGUUUCUAAACCUUAUCAACAGUUAGAUUUACAGUGCUCCUUAAUAUCUGCUCUUAUUCGUACGUGGUAUCCUUAGUGAUUGGCUCUAGGAUUUGUUUUCCAGAAUAUCCAGGCUAAAUAAGGCACUUUGCCAACAGAGAGGCCAGUAGGGAUCCCCAAGGACCAGAACAAACAGCAUAAAUCUGCCUUUUAUUCUGGUCAUCAGCAGAUCUUCCCCAUACCUUCAGUAAAUGAAUGCUUUGCUGCUCCCAGUCCCACUGUGACUAGACUCACAACCAUCUACAGGUACUACUUACUCUAGGAAAAGAGAGGAAAAGGAGGGAAAAGAGUAGAAAAUCCUGGGAUGCAAGGUCAUGGAGGGAAAAAGAGAUUCUCUUUUAAUCCACAUACUACCAUCACCAGCCCUUGUAAGGCCAUGGUUGGAAUCUACAAUCUUUAGGAUACCCAGUGACACUCUUCAGAAAAUAAGUAUAUUUCUAAUUUUUAUGUCUAAAUUGGUGGUGUCUUUACUUAUGAUUAAUGUUGAUAUAGUUGUUCCUGGCAACUGUUCAUGAUUGCUCAGACAGAACUUUACCAUGUUGUUAAAACUCUGUAAUGUCCUAAUGUCCCCAUCACAUGGAGAAAUUUUAUCUACAUUAUUCUUCAUGGUUCAUAAUUCAAUUUCUACCUGAAAACUCCAAUUGAUAGUGAGCUUCUGGUGUCACAGGACUGUCUUUUCUAUUUGAAUUUGUGAUAGGAUCAUUCCCCCUAUUGGACUAAAAUGCACCUUUAAAAAUUUUUUAACAUCCUUUAUUUGGCCAGAUAUCUAUUUCUGGUGACACUAUUUUUUUUUUUUUUUGCUCUUUAGUAUUUGAGGAUAAAGUUAUUUAGGGCCAUCAAAUAUUCCUUUUUAUGGUGUCAAUUAAAGAGUAUUCAUUAUCCUCGUUACAGUUCUUUCCAAGAAACAACCAAAAGAACAUUACUUUCUCCAUAUCUCACUUAAAAUUUGUACUUCUAGAAAAAGAAGAAAAUUUGCAUGUAUAGAAUAUCAAUACACUCAGAAAAUUAUGCCAGGAUCGUUGCAUGUUUUAUACAAUAUUGAUAUUUAAUCAUGGAUUUAAUCCUCACUUCAAGCUUUGAAAGGUAAGCCUCAUCCCAAUUUUGAGAUGAGGAAAUGAGGCUUUGUCUUAAACAGCUUGAUCAAGUCACUUAAGUGGCAGGACUGAGAUUGUAUCCCAGACAUGUGUUUUCUCAAAGGCUUUGCUAUUUUAACUAUUCCAAGUUACCUUCGAGGAGGUCUGACUAUCCUGUGGCUAUCGUGUGCUUUUUGGCAAAUGCAGUUGACACAUGAAAUACUUAGAUCUCAAUUUAUGAUGUAUAAACAUUACAGUGGUAUGUUAGCAGAUAUGCCACUCUUAUUGGGGGCUCUUCAAAAUUUAAAAUUUAUACCUGAGACUGCUUCUCCCUUCUUCAGUGAGAGUAGCCUAGGAUUAUCUCCCUCCACACCUUAAGUAACUGAAGCUUUUGAUCAUUAGUUUAUGCAGUAUAAUUAUGAUUAUCACCAUAAGCUACUGGAAUAUCCAGCAUUUUAGGUGCAAAUGAUGCUGUGAUUUCAAAAUGUCCCUUGUUUCUUUCUCCCUAGGAAUCAGACUGUUAGGAGUUCAGAUUAGGGAUGUCCUCUUGCAACAACUCCAUUCCUCAACCCUUGACAUUUGUCCUGGCUGGAAUUCCUGGCUUGGAAUCUUCCCAUGGCUGGUUCUCUGUGCCUUUUUUCUUGGUAUUUGUCAUUACAAUGAUUGGGAAUGCCGCCAUCUUAUGCAUCAUCUGGGUGGAGAAGAGUCUUCAUGAGCCCAUGUUUCUCCUCCUGGCCAUGCUGUCUGUUGUUGACCUGUCCCUGGUCAGUGUCACUGUGCCCCGCAUGCUAGGGAUCUUCUGGAUGAAUGCCAAAGACAUCAGCUUUAAUGCCUGCCUCGCACAGAUGUUUUUCAUCCCUUCAUUUUAUGUCAUGGAGUCUGGGAUCCUCCUAGCCAUGGCUUUUGACAGAUUUGUGGCUAUCUGGUACCCUCUGAGAUAUACAACCAUCCUUGCUAACAACAUACUUGUGAAGAUGGCUCUGGCUGUCCUGACAAGGGCGGUGGCAGUGCUGACUCCAGCACCCAUCCUGGCAAAAAGACUGGAAAGCUUCCAAACCCACAUCAUCUCUUACUCCUACUGUGCCUACAUGGCUGUGGUACAGAUAGCCUGUGGGGACAUCUCCAACCACAUUGUCUAUGGCCUCAUGGUUAUUGUAACAUCUGUGGGAUUUGAUUUGCUUUUUAUCAUUCUGUCCUAUGGGCUGAUCCUUCAUGCUGUCUUUCGGAUCCCCUCUUGGGAGGCAGGGGGCAAAGCUCUCAGUACAUGUGGCUCCCAUCUUUGUGUCAUAGCUCUCUUUUAUUCUCCUGUUGUCUUCUCUGUCCUGGCCCAGAUUUUAGGCUACCAUAUGGCUCCCUAUAUCCAGAUUAUCAUUGACAACCUCUACUUCCUAGUGCCUCCCAUGGCCAACCCCUUGAUUUAUGGAGCCCGGACUAAGCAAAUGCGGGAGCGGGUACUACGGAUCCUCCGCUGUCAUAGAAACUGAGGAUGAUAUCUGAGGUGGACAGGAUACCUGUGAUAUGGAGCUGGAAAUCUUGUUAGGUUGAAGGUAGAGAUAAUGGUUGCCUGAUUUGAGGCUUCCUGGGCAAAGGAAUAGCAAAGGCAAGAGAAGGAUUUGGUGAGUGUGGGCACAUAAUGGGGGGCAUGUUCUCUCUGUCAGAAUGUAGUUUUUAUGAAACUCUCAUGACCAGAACCUUCCCCAAAUGUUUAUGUAAGUUAUAAAGUAGGAGAUAUUUUGUUGUUAAUUCUAUUAUUUAAUCCCAUCAGAGAACAUAAAUUGUAAUCUCAUUUUUUUCAAAUGAUGUAAAAAAUGAAUUUAGUCAUACAUUCUCAUGAUCUAUGGGCAAAAAUAAGUAUCCAAAUUUUUUGUUGAUUCCAUGAUUUUUCUUCCACACCUAUGUUUUCAGAUAUUAUACCAACAUAAAAUUAUAUAUCAUAAAAAACAAUCCUAAUGGGAAUAAACAUGUAUAAAUAUCUAUGAUCAUGUCUGAGUAAUGAGCUCCUUUUUGGUCUGAAUGGUUUUAAUGCAGAAGAGUCAUCUAUAGAGAGUUACUAUUGGUGUCUAAAUAUGGAACCAAUAUACAGUGGGUUGGACUUGGUAGGUAAGUAUUUUACAAA